AAACAAACCCAUCGUCGCCUUCGGUAAUUACGUCGAAGUUUGUACCGACCCCAAAACGAAAACUACUCGGUUCGUUCAAUAAAAUUUCUCUCUUUGGGUUCAUAACUCUGAAAAAAAAAAAAAUUCAAACCCAUAUCGAUAAUUCACGUUUUCUUUUGAUUCAAAUCAAGAUUCAGAAGCAUGAGCAUAGGGGAUUUCAUGGGCAUUCAGCCGUCAGAACUAAAGUUCCCUUAUGAAAAGAAGCGAAAAGGGCACAGAGGAUUGGGCUUUAUUGAAUUGAAGAAGCAGAGUUCGUGUUGUAUGCAGUUGUCAAACAAAACAGAUCAAUAUAUUGCAUUUAAGGUGAAAACAACCAAUCCCAAGAAGUACUGUGUUCGACCUAAUGCCGGUAUUGUUCUGCCCAACUCUGUGUGCAACGUCACAGUCACUUUGCAAGCCCAGAAAGAGGCUCCUCCAGAUAUGCAGUGUAGGGAUAAGUUUCUUGUUCAGAGUGUGAUUGCUCCACAAGGCGCAACUAGUAAAGAUGUCACUCAAGAAAUGUUUACACGGGAAGAUGGGAAGAUAGUUGAUGAGUUUAGGUUAAGAGUGGUUUAUAUUCCGGCCAAUCCCCCGUCACCUGUGCCCGAAGGAGAAGAAGAAGGGACUUCACCCGAGACAUCUUCGGCUGAGGAUGAGAUUAGGAAGCCCGUUUUUUCCGAGGUCACGAAAUCGCUUAAGCAAUCCGUGGGAAAUUCAUCCUCUGAGUCUUGGACAGCUGUUGUCUCAAAGUUGAAUGAGGAGAAAGCCUCUGUUACUAAGGAAAAUCAAAAGCUACUCAGAGAAUUGGAAUUGAUCAAAAAUCAAAUGAGACAAAGGCAAGGCAAUGCCGUGUCAUUUGUAGUUCUGAUUUUCGGUUUGCUUUUGGGCAUAUUGGUUGGAUACUUGAUCGUUAAGUAGAAGAGAUUUUGUUUACAAUAGUGCGAGAAACUUUUUGUUUGUUUAAUUCAUUUAUGAUGUCAUAAAUUCGCACCAUCCGAAUUUUGUUUCAUUUUCCCUUUUGUUAGAGACUCGGGGUGUUUUUUUCGCGUGAGAAUUUCUGUAUUUGUUUAUUCCAUUGUUCAUCUCAUUUUUCCUUUCCUUUUUUUGAUUUUUUUUUGGGGGGGAUGAAUGUGAUUUGAUUCUUCGAGAAUUCAAGGAUCAUUAGCUUGUAAGAGCGGCAACUUUGUUCUUAGUAUUCGACCUUAAUAAGACUAUGGGAUAUAUAGCAUUUGUUGGUUUAAUUUCUCUUUUUCUAAAUGCUGUGUUCACUGCAAUUUGACUCUGGUUGAAUUGGUUUUCUGUAAAACCCCUUGA